AUGGUUUUGUGCGAAGGCCCCGGGAUCAACGCCCCGCACCCACUGGCGCAGCGCCGUCUGUCCAGAAGACGUGAGGCGCCGCCGCUCCUGGAGAACUGCGCAGGCGCCCGGCUGAGGCUCCGCCUCUCCCGACAGCCUACGCGCCGCAAACGACAGCAUCCUGCGAGGGCCAAACCUAGCACAGGCAGCUCAGUACAGGGAUUGCAGUUUCGCCCUCUGCGCGCCGUAACAGUGAUGGAGCCGGAACGCGGCGCCGGCGGCCUGGCUUUUCGCGGCUCACACAGCCGCUCCCCGGAGCAGGAGAGGCCCCAGAAGGGAGAGACGGGACCGGGCUCCGAGCGUACCAAGGCGGAGGCCCGCAUGGCUGUGGACGCCCGCCUGGCCGCGUUCGUUGUCGCCCUGCGCGCGCUCAACUGCGGCCUGGUGCGCACGAGCUUCGUGCCCGACGAGCACUGGCAAAGUCUGGAGGUCGCGCACCGCCUGGUCUUUGGUUAUGGGCACCUGACCUGGGAGUGGACGGCGGGCCUGCGAGGCUACGCCUACCCGCUGCUCUUCGCUAGCCUCUAUGAGGUGCUGCGCUUGCUGGGGGCGGACAGCGUCUGGCUGCUGGUCUGGACACCCAGACUUGCCCAGGCUCUGCUGUCGGCUGUUGCAGAUAUGAAGCUGUAUUCGCUGGUGUGCAGACUGGAGACCCAGGAGGUGGCUCGAUGGGUGUUUCUUUGCCAGUUGUGCUCUUGGUUUACAUGGUACUGCUGCACCCGGACCCUCACGAACACCAUGGAGACUGCUCUUAAUACCAUUGCGCUCUCCUACUACCCGCUGGAGGGUGCCAAGGCCGCACACAGCAGGAAGUACGCCUCUCUGGUGGCCCUGGCCUGCCUCAUCCGCCCCACAGCUAUCAUCCCGUGGGUCCCCCUCCUCCUCAGACAUGUGUGGCUGGAGCCAGCGAAGGGCCGUCUCAUUCUGUGUUGCUUCUUACCUGUCGGGUUGGUAACUCUGAGUCUGUCUCUCAUAAUUGAUCGGAUCUUUUUCGGCCAAUGGACGCUGGUGCAGCUCAACUUCCUGUGGUUCAAUGUGCUGCAGGGCCUGGGCAGCUUCUACGGCACCCAGCCAUGGCACUGGUACCUGAGCCAGGGGCUCCCAGCUGUGCUGGGCCCCCACCUGCCCUUCUUCCUGCAUGGCUGCCUGUGUGCCCGGAAGCGCUGCCGGGUGCUCCUGGUGGCUGUGCUGUGGACACUGCUGGUGUACAGCAUGUUGGGCCACAAAGAAUUCAGGUUUAUCUAUCCAGUCUUACCAUUCUGUAUGGUCUUCUGUGGACACUCACUUGCCCAGCUGCGUGCCUGGAGGAAGCCAGCACUCGGCUUCCUGCUCCUGUCCAGCACGCUGCUCGCCCUCUACACGGGCCUGGUCCACCAGCGUGGUGCACUUGAUGUCAUGGGCUACGUCCAGGAGGCUGGCUGCAGGAGUACCAACCUGUCGUCUGCCUCAACAUUCAUGCUGAUGCCAUGCCACUCAACACCUUUCUACAGCCACGUCCACUGCCCGCUCCCGCUGCGCUUCCUGCAGUGCCCUCCGGACCUGACCGGGCAGAGUGGAGAUUUGGAUGAAGCGGACACUUUCUACCGUGGUCCCACGCGCUGGCUGCAGAGAGAGUUUCAGGAUGCUGCUUCCCUGCCUGCUCGCUUGGUCAUCUUCAGUGCUUUGGAGGAGGAAAUCCGUGCUUUCCUAGUCUCAAGGAAUUACGAGAGAACUGCAGUUUUCUUCCACACGCACUUUCCAGAGGGUCGCACUGGAAGCCACAUUUAUGUCUAUGAACGGAAGACCAGGAUGGCCCGGAACUGAGUGGCACCAGGGGUCCGCAGGGUACCAGGGGGGUGAGGGCGCCGCCCACUCAUGGGCUCAGAGACACAUGCUAAGGCAUCUGGAUUCAAUAAAGACCUCUGGUCUUCUC